AAUAGUGAUUAGGGGUAGCCGUUCGGGUUCUUUUUCGGGUCUUUUUGGGAUUUCGUGUUCAUUUCAGAUCUUUGAGGAUUUGGUUCGGAUUUGAAUAAUCAAUUUAAAUAGGUUUGGUUUAAAUAUUUGGUAGAGAAUUAAUAAUUAUUUAAGUAUUUUUAUAGUUUUGAGUAUAUUUUAACUAUUUAAGAUAUUUACGUUUGAUUAUUUGUAUAUAUUUUCAAGCAUUUAAGCAAACUUAAAAGUAUCAUAUAUAUUAUGGAUGUUUUUAUAUAUAUAAAAUCUAAAAAUAAUUAAUAUAUAUAAGUAUAUAAAUCUAUUUUGGAUACCCAAAAUACUUCGGUUCAGAUCGGAUUAGAUUUCAGUUAUUCAAAUACCAAAUUUUGAAUAAUUCGGAUAUUUAAUCAAUUUUGAUUCGGAUUUAGUACUACUUAUUCGGAUUGGGAUCGGUUCAAUUCUUCGAAUUCGAGUUUUUUUGCCUAACCCUAAAUAGUGACAUAAAAAUCAAAUAACAUCAUAUUUUCUUUAAAUAAAUACACCCGCACGGACGUGCGGGUCAAAAUCUAGUAAUAUAUUAUAAGAUUUGAUUCUUGCAUACUAUAUAGCCUUCCAUUUACAGACAUACAAAAAUAAAUAAUCGUUAUUAAUUUAAAUCAAGAUUUGAAAUUCUUUUGAAAAUAAAUUGACUUCCAUCGAAAUUUUCACUAUAUAUAUCUUUGCUACAUGAAGAAUUUUGUCAAAUCUGCCUCACCUUCAUAGCUACCGGUAGGCCAGGGCAAAUAACCGGACCCGAUGACCCGUACCGAACCCGCACCGAUAAAACCGGGUCGGACCGGGUUCGGAUCUUGCAAAAAAAACGAAUGGAGCUAAUAAUUUGGUAUAGUGGGUUAUGGACCAGUUCGGGUAAAAUACCCAGAUCCAAUCGGGUUUAAAGUAUACCCGAACUAAAAACCUAAGACUCUAUCUUUCCUAUUUCCCCUCUUUCGAUUUAGGAUUCGAUAUGAAGAAUAUCCUAAAAAUCUCAACUUUCUCUCUCGAAAAAUCUUUAAUCUCCCUGAAUCCCGAUACCCAAAAUCCUUUCCUAACUCUUGUCCUCUUCGAAUCUACUCUUCUGCAAGUUGUAAACCCUCGAAUAUCUUCUCUUAUAUAAGUGUUUGAGAUGGAGAAAAAAAUCCAUCAAAAAGUAUUCACCUCCUUCUUCAAAGACGUCAAUAGCACACUCAGAGAUGGAUUCAUCUUCUUGUAAAAACCAACAAAACAGUGGAGCUGACAAAGAAGUUGAAUAUGUAGACUGUGAAACUAUUGAUACGCGUGGGAAGAGGAAGGAAGCAGACACACCGUGUGGAGAGAGUUCUCGGGCAAAUAAGGUGCCAAAAGUUGUUGUGCCGAGGUCUGGUGUGUGGAAACACUACACCAGAACAAAGGAGAGCCGUGACAAGUGCAUUUGUCACUACUGCCAAAAGCUCUUCUCAUGUCAGACAAAAUCAGGAACUUCCAAUCUCAUGAAGCUCCUGCAAAUCUGCAGAGAGUACCAAGCCCACGUGAUCAGCCAAGGGAAGAAUCAAAGUAGGAUCGAUGAUGAAGGCAAUGUGAAAUCAUCAAAGGUGUCUGCGAAGGUUUUCAGAGAAGCCUCAAAUGAGUUAUUGGUGUUAGCUGAGUUGCCUCUUUCUUUCAUAGAAAGUACAGGCUGGAAACACUUCUGCAACAAGGUUAACCUCUACAAGCCCCACUCAAGAAGAACUGCAACUAGAGAUAUUGUGGAGAUGUUUGUGAAGAAGAAAGAGGCAUUGAAGAGAUGGUUAUACACUAACCAGUAAAGAGUUUCACUCACCACUGACAUUUGGGUUUCUCAGGUGACAGGUGCAAGCUACAUGGUUGUGACUGCACAUUUUGUUUAUCCAACAUGGCAGCUGAAGAAAAUCAUUCUAGGAUUCAAAUUGGUCAUGGAUCAUAAUGGUCAGACAACUUCUACUGUUCUUCUCGAGUGUUUAGCUGAUUGGGGAAUUCGGAAAUUGUUUUCUAUUACGGUAGACAAUGCAACUGCCAAUACCUCAGCUAUUAGGAGAUUCCAUAGGGAUUUCAGUCAAGUGUCGCAUGAUGCUUUAGUGUUGGAGCGGAACUUUCUGCACAUGAGGUGUUGUGCACACAUUAUUAACUUGAUAGCUAAAGAGGGUCUAGGUGAUUUAGGUGAUAAUGUGCUUGCCAUCCGUAAUGCAGUCCAGUAUGUUCGAUCUUCUAGCAAUAGGUUGAAUUGAUUUGAACAAAGGGUUACUACUGGGAAGAUGACACGAGGUAGCCUGCCUAUGGAUGUUAAGACUAGGUGGAAUUCAACAUUCCUCAUGCUGUCUAGAGCAUUACAGUUUAGAGUUGCUUUUGAUAGUAUGGAAGCAGAGGACAGGUUGUAUAAUGACUACUUUUUAGAAGUAGAAAAUGGGGUUAAGAGGCAAGGACCGCCUGAUGUUGUUGAUUGGAAUGCUGUGGAUAAGCUUAAGAGGUUUCUAAUCAUAUUCUACAACAGCACCUUGGUUGUCUCUACUUCCUCAAAAGUCAACUCCUACAAAUGCUAUGGUGAGAUAGUGACAAUUGAGAGGAAUCUCACAGCAUUGGCUAACAACCUAGACCCGGAUUUGAAGCUGAAAGCUGAAGAUAUGUUGCACAAGUUUCUGAAGUAUUGGGAUGGCAUGAAGAAUGUGAAUAGGAUGUUGAUCAUUGCAUCAGUAAUUGAUCCAAGGAAGAAGAUGAAUUUCGCAAACUUAUGCUUUGAGAAACUGUAUGGGAAGGACAGUUUCGAGUCUAAGGAAAUGACUGCGUCUGUUCUUGAUCUCCUUACAAGCAUGUUCCAGGAGUAUUCUAGCCGUUUCAGAGGUGCUAGUACUCAAUCCUCUCAGACGAAGCAAACACCAUCUGCGAGUGUUCAGGAGACUCAAGAGCAAAUGGAGAGGUUGAAGUUGGUUGUUGAAGAUUUCGGUUACGAGAGGAUGGAUUCUGUGUACAAGGAACUUGUUUCUGAAACAGAAAAUAAGGCAAGGGAUGAGCUGGAAAUGUACUUGAAGGAACCUGUUGAGAAUCAGAAGCUUAUGAUUGGAUUUGAGUUUGAUAUUCUCGGUUGGUGGAAGGUGCACAAAAUCAAGUUUCCAGUUUUGGCAGAGAUGGCAAGGGAUCUACUUGCGAUGCAGGUUUCCUCGGUGGCUUCUGAAAGUGCUUUUAGCACAAGUGGUAGAAUUUUAGAGCCAUAUAGAAGGUGUCUCACUCACUACAUGAUAGAAGUGCUGAUGUGUAGUGAGCAAUGGAUGAAAGCUGAUAUCAAGUUUGCUGAAAAAGUCCAAACUAAUGAGCAGAUUCUAGCUGAAGUUGAAAUGCUAGACAAGCUUGAGAAAGAGUUUGAGAAUGUAACACUUGAAGACUGAAGCUUGAAGCUGGAGAUCUUUUUGUUUUCAUUUUGGUGUUGGUUUUUAUUUCCUUUUCAUUUGAGAUAUUGUCGUGCUCUAGCUUUGACAAUUGCUUUUAAGGUUUUGGUGUUUUUCUAUAUUUAUGUCUUUUUCUUAGUACGUUGAAUUUUAAUAAAGGUUUAGAGAUUUGCUUUCAUUAUUUA